AUGGCAACUAUCCGUCGAAUAAUGACAUCACAAAAUGAUUAUGUAGCUUUUCAAAAAUUCAUAAACAAAAAAAUUAAUGUUAAACAACGGUUACCUGGAGUAAUGUUUAUUAAUGGAUUUCAUUCAGAAAUGCAAAAUUCUCGUAAAAUUAAACAUCUAACAAAAUUUUGUCAAGAUUUUGGAAUAGAUUUUUUAACAUUUGAUCAUUACGCUCAUGGACUAUCUUCUGGCUCAUUUUUAAAUGAUCCUGAUGGUAAUGUUACUAUAGGAAGAUGGUUUAAUGAUUUGUGUUUACUCAUGAAGCAAGAAACUUGUGGUCCUCAAAUUUUAAUUGGUUCUAGUAUGGGUGCUUGGUUAGCUUUAAUAGUAUUAUUGAAGAAAGAAGAGUUAAGAAAUAGAGUAAAUGGAAUUAUUGGUGUGGCACCUUCGAUUAAUUUCACUGAAAAAAUUUGGAAGGAAGUUGAAGAUCUUGGAUUAUUGACAGACUUGUCAAAAAAUAAGCCUACAGAGAUUAUAUAUAAUCGACCAUCAAAAUAUUCUGAAUCUGGAGAUUAUCCGAUUUCAUUACAUUUUCUUCAAGAAUCACGAAAGCAUUAUUUGCACAAAGAAAUUAUAGAUUUUAGGAAAAUUUCAUGUCCGAUUACAUUUAUACAUGGGCAAAAUGAUAAUGACGUUUCGUAUCAUGACACUUUAAAAUGGGCAAGAUUGUUGACCCCCGAUGAAAAUACAAGAGAAAAUGUCAAGGUUGUACUGAUACCAGAUGGCGAUCAUAGAUUGUCAAGAGAACAAGAUUUGAAAAUUUUGGAAGAUGAAGUUGCUAAUAUGUGCUUUAGAAAUAAUUCUUAA